CUGUUCCAAAGAUGCCCAGCGGCGCACCACCGCUUGAACAGCCAUGUCCAGUUCACGCUCAUGGCCUCGUAGCCGGUCAGUUUGCCGUCGAGACCGACAAGGAGCUCACCUCGAAGGGCCCCAUCACAAACCCGCGCAACAAGCUGUGUCCAAAUAAUCUACGCCCAUGGUCCGACUUUCUCGAGCAGCAGCGAACCACUCUAGGGGCCCUCUACGGCACCUUCCCAGUCUCUGAUCGGCGUUUCGAAUCUCGGGGCUUUGACGGGCCUUGGCCAGCGAAUUGCCAAGCGACUGAUAUCUUGCGAAAAGACGCUCGAGUAUUCCUGCACAACGGCGUCGAAGAUCCAGUGCGAGAGAUUUUCGAUCAAUCGCGGGAUGUGGACCAAGUGCCGCACGAGUUUGGGAUCGGUAACGGCAUUGUCUUUGAGAACCACCCCAAUGUCAUCAGCGAUGUUGCGGAGGAGGUUGUCGACCGGCAGGCCUCAUCGAUACCGCCACAGACGCCCGAUCAAGGGAAAGAUCCGGGACACAUCCGCCCCGACCAGAUAUGCGUAUACCGGUUUGACGAUGAGCUCUCCACACGGCGUACCAUGCUGUAUGUGUCCGAAUACAAGGCCCCUGCACAAGCUGACCGCUCCACACCUGCGCACGUGGUCAAUCAGAAAACAAUACCUACCGCGGCCGAUCCCGACGGUCGAUUCCAGUACCAUGCCGAGAGGCUCACCGCUGCGGCCAUCACACAGACCUACAACUACACGAUCGAGGGGGGUCUCGAGUACGGCUUGCUGACUACCGGCGAGACCAUUGUAUUCUUGCGAGUAGACUGGCGAGAACCCGGCACACUCUUGUACCAUCUAGCAGAGCCCGCUUUUGAGGUGGCAGCGCAAUCGGGGCAACACCACGCUUGCACCGCAGUUGGCCAGUACCUGGCAUUCAGCCUGCUGGCUCUCGGCCGGCCAGUGAACCCACCCACUGUUCGAUCGCAGGAUGAGCGGCAGCGUGUGAUCUUGGAACUGAGGCGAUGGGCAAAGGACUUUGAGACGACAUUGCGAUCUAUUCCCCGAGACGAGCGAUACGCUCCGAGCAGCUCAAGCUCCAGCUCGCUGUAUGCGCCAACGACUUAUGCAGGCAUCAGCCGGUCCCCGCGCGUGCCUCGAACAAGACGCAAACGCUGGGCGCAGGAAGAGGACCGUCCAGAUGUACAGCCAAGAUUCAGGGACCGAGACGACGAGUCUUCGUCGGAUGAGUCCUCGCCUCCGAUGCCGGACACCCCGACACCAUACUACGACCAUCGGGUCUACAUUGAAUAUCUGUUGCUUCUCUCGCAUGGCAGUCCGAUUGACGAAGCGGCUCGUGCUGGUGAGGUCAAACGGUGUCUGCAGGCGAUACAUCGGGCGUGCGUCGUACAUUGGGAUGUGCGUCGUACCAAUGUGCUACGCAAUACCGACACCGGGGAGCUCAUGCUGAUUGACUUUGAGCGUUCUGUCGUCAAGGCAGGACGGAAGCCGCUGGGCAAUAUCGUGCCUAACAAGCGAUCAUGGAAUGGGCAAAGGAAGGGGACUACGGCGCCAAUGUACAGUCAUGCUCCGGGAGACGCCAGUUGGCACCAGUGUAGCACUUUGUCGGACUCGUGGGCAGGGAACUCUCUGAUGUGCACACAAGUGAAUGGCGGGUUCUUUGUGACAGCGACCAUGGCCAGCCCGCCCAACUCUAUCCUCACUGGAGAUAUGUCGUAA